AUGACGAACGGCAACCCCAAGUCCCCAGCAAGGCAGCUAUCCAUCAACUAUGUCCUCGACUUUGUUAAUGGCAAUUAUUCAUACCCUGCUCGGGCAUCCUCAAACGCGCCCUUGACGACAAGACAGGCUCUUCGUGGUUCAAGCAGAGAAGUUUCAGAAUUACGCCCGAAGGGCAUCUCCAAAGCUCCUCCUACAUCAUCUCCCCCGCGGGGUAACACACCUUCAGGCUCUGGGUCUGUUGGGAGUUCGAGUUCAGCCUGGCGAAGACUGCCAUUUAGUUUCUCUCGCCGUUCGGCAGGGAGUUCCGGGUAG